AUGACUAGAUUACCAUUCUUAUUAAAUUAUAUCCGGAGUAUUGGAGAUGAUGAGCCACCUACCAUCUCUCUCCAUCUCCAACCCCCACCGGCACCUUUCAUCCAUAAAACCCUAGCUAGGAACAUCCAAGCGAUGCCAAGUACGGAGUACACUUGGAUACUAUCGACUUCUUCCUCAGAACGAACCUCAAUGAAAUCCGUUCGGUUUGGAUAA